AUGGUAGCACCUGGGAAUAUGAGACCAUUGAAUCGCCGGCUGUCAGAAUCAUACGCUACUCCGACACCUCUAUUCGGCAAAAGAAUGAAAUCCUACACGCUUGUAUUUGCUGUCCUCACAAUUAUACUCCUCUACACUGAAUAUGCCAAUGCGAAGGAAAUAUGUCAUCCAGAGAAUUGUGUUGUGCCCAAUCACUGUCAGAUGUUUACAAAUAUUGAAAACUCAUGCUCUCAACAGGGUACAUCGUGCUGCAGCGUAGUUAAAUCAGAAUUCAGAACUUAUUGCCGUCAUUAUGGUGGAAUCUGCACGAAAGACAACUGUAAUCCGACUCUGCAAUACGACACAAUUGACUGUACAGACAAUCAAGUCUGUUGCGUUUUGGUUUAAAUAAAACUAAGUGAUAGGUUGGAGUAUCAAAAUUCAUAAUCUCAUCCUGAUUACAACUAUUAAGUCCUAAUUUAAUUAAUACAAUAAAAUAUAAAAA